CUCCAGCAUCUACAAUGAGACUUUCCAUCCUGAUCUUCUUUCUCUUCCAUGGAACCUGUUGGACAUCAGAUUAUUUCUGUCUUCACCAACCAAGAACCGUCCAUGUGAAGGAAGGAGAUUCAGUCACCAUCCCGUGUACAUACACCUAUCCUGAGUACAACAGAGGGAAUUCACGGAUUAUUAUACAUUGGGGAGAGAGUGAUGGACCUUACUGCUCUAAAAUCAGAAAAUACAUCACAGAUAAUUCUGGGAAUGUUGUAGAUGAGUAUAAAGAGCGGAUCUCUAGAGUAACCCAUCCUGAUCACCAGACAGAGUCUCUCAUAAUCCGAGGACUGAAAUAUACAGAUGGAGACACGUUCUGCUGUAGAGCGACUAUACAUACAACUAGAGAUGAUUCAUACCAAUGGUCUGACUAUGGGACAUUUCUCACUUUUGAAGAUGGUAGAUUGGUGUCUCAGGUGGAGGAGUUGAUGGCCGUCCCGGGAGAAGAGAUGGUCAUCCCCUGUCACUACUCACAGGAGACCCUGGGGGAAGCCAAAAAAGUCACAUGGUAUAGUGGAAAUGAUAAACAAUGUGACCCUAAUAACAAUAGGUUUUACAGCUGGGACCCCACACACCCAGGAGAUGUAUAUCCAUAUUCACUGGUGAACCCCCCUGAAGACGUCUCUCUGCGUAUACACAGGGUACAGGGGGAUGAAUACCGCCAUUAUUGUUGUCAUGUGACCACCAGUAAUGGAACAACACAAAGCAGAUCCAGCACAGAACUGACCAUCACAGGUCCCCCAUCCUUCUCCUCGCCCUUCAGUGUUACCCAGCCAUACAACAUCACAGGACAUAGAGGAGAGUCUGUGACACUAAGCUGCUCCUACACAUCAUAUAUGGAGAGUGAUGUCCUGAAGGUCACUAUUUACUGGAGAUUGGGCAACCUAAGCGGACCUUAUGUCUACCACCCCUACAAAGAGAUGGUUAAUUCCGGUUAUAGAGGAAGAACGGGAACACAAGGAGCAGCAGAUCUCCACAUACAGGGGGUGAAGAUGUCAGAUGACUCCAUGUAUUACUGCUUCGUGAUGGUCAGAUUGUGUACAGGGAAUGGCAAAUAUCAGAAACUAAUCCAGUAUGGAGAAGGGACCCGACUCAUUGUGACAGAACCUUCUGAUGUUUUUGAAAAUCAAAGAAUUUUGAUGAUUGGUUCCAUAUCUGGUGCGGUCCUGUUGGUUCUCCUCUGUGUGAUCUUCAUUAUCCUGAAGACAACAGGUGUCAUGUGUAAAAAGAAAAAUAUCUCUGCUGAAAUGAAAACCUCUGAUAGCCCUGACACGGCAACAUUUACCUCAGAAGAAAAACAACCAUAUUGUGAGAUCUCGACAAAGAGCUUAGAACAUGAUGAAGGCGCAACAAGUAAGGAAGGAGCAACAGACAAGGGGAUAAAGAGUCAAAAAGAUGAAGAAAAUGAGAACGUUCUCUACUCUGAGAUAAACCAAACCAAACUGCAUAAUAGAAAUCCAUCUCCGAACCAAAGACCGGAAGAAGAAGAAACUGUCUACAGCGCCGUCAGACAUGUGUGAUACAGCAGAUCACCAGAAUACACAAAAUAGGAUGUGAAAUUUUAGUAUAAAUGUAUUUUUUAUCACAAGGGACACAAAUAGCACAGAAUAAAGUGCUACGAUGCUACGAAAGAAAAAUCUACCAUCCAUGAGACUUAAUAUAAUUUGAACUUUAAACUUUUGUUGGCAUAAAUGCAUUUCUAUAGCGAGGGAUUCAGAAUAAAUUCAUACUACAAAAAGUUUUUUUAAAAAACUAAACGUUUAAUAAGAAUUUUUUUUUUGACCUGAUGGACAGGAAGGCUGGGUUCACACUACGUUUUUCAACUACGGUUCCCGCA